AUGAGAUUUAAACUUCCUUUGUCCUCUUUGCGCCUGCUGGUUCCUCCUAUGCACUUGAUGUCUGCCUUUAUGUGGCAGGUGCUGCAGCAAAAGAAUGUGGUGCACUAUGGGAAACUGGAAGAGUUUGUCUCUUUAGUGACAGAGACUGUUCCACACCUGCUUAGAUACAGACAAAGAGCACAGCUCAUUUUGGGGCUGAAAGCAAGGGACAUAGACUCAGAUUUGGAGGUGGCUGUGUCGAACUUCAAAGCACUUGUCCUUGCACUGUUAAAGGACCCAGCAGAAAAAGCCUAUUUCUUUCAGGCGGUGUUUCCUGUGCAGUAUGGCACACAGUAUGACACAGCAUUAAAGGAGCUCAUGUGGGAGCUGUUGUCCUCUCUGGAAAAGUUGUUUCCUGUUCCAGACUUUAAAAAGACAUUGUCUUGGCUCACACCAGCCCCUCCUGGCCUGGAAGAAUACAUCUCUGAACCAAAAUUCUUCCAACUACUUUUACAACACCAUAAAGUCAUCAGCAGUGUGGACAUUCAGUAUGGGAUCAAAGGUUUCCCAUUAGGGAAUCGAUCCACCACCUCAGGUGACCGUAUCCUUUCCUCCCUUUCCAUCCCUCCAUCAACGCACAUGGCAAUCACCACUGAGCCCUUGGUCUACCACAUCCAGCCGACCACCGUGACCAUCCUGAGCCAGCAUGCUCCAGGUCAGUUGAGCUCCGAGGCCAUCAUUGUGACCGACUACACAGAGGUGGAGCUGAGCAGUAAUGAAGUGGCUGAAGAGUCGGUGGAAAGGGGUGUGAACAACAAGAGCAGCUCAGUCAUACCAGUCCUAACUGAUGACAGUGCUGGAGAAGAGGAGGACAUUAUUACCAUGAGCGAGCAUGUUGAACUUCACAAAGCCCCAGAGGGCAACACGAACAGUGAGGAAGAGAAGAGUUUUAGUGAGAAAGCUACACAGUGUGACAUCAGAGAUGAACCUGGAUUAACAAGCCAUAACGAUCAAAGAGCUCCAGCCGUUGAUAAAACAGCAAACAUGAAUGAAAAUGAACCUGAUGAAGAAAGUGAGAAUGUGGUUUUAGAGCAGAAAGAGGAAGAUGAAAUCACCCAUUCUGUCAGUCAGAAGGAUGAUAACCAACCUGAGUUUUCUCCAGUGGAAGCUAACAGCUUAACUGCAGCAGAAGAGUACCAGGUAGCACCGAUAAGACGGAGACGUGGAAGGCCGAGGAAAACUGCUGUAGCACGAAAGGUGGUGCAAAAUGGAAGACAAAGGGGGCGGCCUCCGUCACUCCAAGUGGACAAUGAUGCAGAGAAAGAGACAACUGAAGACACUGGAGAAAAAACAGACAAGGAGGCCAAAAAUCUUGAGACAGAACAGACUGAUGUGGACUCAAUGCCUUCUGCUCGUGAUACAAGCCCACCAUUAACCUUCAAGCAUGAAACUUCAGACAAUCCUCGCGCCCGCUACCUGUGCAACACGUGUGGCCGCAAGUUCACUCGCACAUCUGACGUGCGCCGCCACCAGCUUACUCACACUGGCGAGAGGCCGUUUCGCUGUACUCACUGCGAGAAGACGUUUCAGCACUCUUGGGAUCUGACCAAGCACUGUCGCAAGUUCCAUGGCGAGGCUACGUUCUCUUGCAGCCUUUGUUCCGGCCAAUUUAUCAACCUGCGGGCCCUGACUGCUCACCACAAAAAAAACCAUGCUAGUGAUCUGCCCCAUUACUGCUCCAUCUGUGGCCAGGCCAGUCCCAACCUAGCCGCACUGAUAGAGCACCGAAAAAUGCACAGCGUUACUCAUCAGUACCGCUGUGAACAAUGCGGUGAGGGUUUUGACACCCUGCUACAGCGCUCAAUCCACCGACAGAGCCAUCGCAUUCAGGGCAAGUUUACAUGCCCACAGUGUGACAAGACAUACUCCCGGCGGUCUGACGUCAAGCGGCAUAUGCUGAGCCAUACGGGCGAGCGGCCACAUCAGUGCAGCCUUUGUGGGAAAAGGUUCACACUUCGCUCCAGCCUUCAGAAGCACCAGCUCAUCCACACAGGCGAGAAACCUUUUCAGUGCCAGCACUGUCCAAAGAAUUUCAACCUGCUCUCGAUCUUUCGACGGCACGAGCGUAUGCACACGGGCGAGCGGCCCUACCUGUGUUCGCAGUGCGGCAAGCGCUUCCUGUCGCUGGGCGAACUCGCCAAGCACGACAAGCUGCACACGGACGUCAAGCCGCACUCAUGCAGUCAGUGUCAUAAGAGCUUCAAGUCCAAGCAGGCGCUCCAAGUGCACACCGUCAGCCACAGUGGCCUACGUCCAUAUUCGUGCAAAUACUGCGGCAAGAUGUUCACUAAGCUUUUUCCCUUACACAGACACCACUUGCUGCAUACGGGUGAAAGGCCUUUUUCAUGCUCGUACUGCGAGAAGACCUUCCUGACGUCGGCGGAGCUGGCCUUGCACGAACGUGUGCACACAGGUGAGCGGCCCUAUAGCUGCUCAGAGUGCCAUUGUAAGUUUCGGAGUUCCUCAGAACUGGGCCGUCACAGGCUCACACAUGGCCAGCGAAAAGCAUACAGCUGCAGUUUCUGUCCCAAAACAUACACAACCACAUACAAACUAAAAAAACAUUUGCUAAUCCACACAGGGGAGGACUGCUCCAAGUGCCCUGUUGAGAUUAGUCAUGUAGUAGAAGUGCCAGCUUCCACACUGAGUGAAGGAGAAAUAACUCUAAGCUUGUCAUGACAAACCUACAUGUGGGCAUUGUUGAAGCGUUACUACUCAUACUGAUAGUCCUCAUCUGUUCAUUAACAUUUUUGUGGAAUAUACAAUGAGUUGUUUCCUUACUUACAAAUGAUGUAUUUUCUAAUUCAUUUAUUUUGGCUGCAGAGUUGUAAAUAAAGAUGAGUGGGCUGGUUGUGAUGUGUGAUUCUUAGUUGCAUGAGUAAUCCAAAAGAAAAAAAAACCAGAUUAGUUUGUACGAGGGUUCUUCAAAACGUUUCCGCACUUUGUAAAACU